AUGGAGGGGAAUACUACCGUAGAGCAACAGCAUUUUCACAAUCCUUGUCCUGCUCAGAAACCCACACUGACCUCAAGCUUAUUCAACAUGGAAGCUGGGGAAAGCCAUGAAGGUUCUUACGUCGUAGGUCAUAGUCAAGGUUUACACUAUAUUCCAUUUUAUUACUCUCAGUUACACCUUCCCAACAACCCAAUUCUGUUUAUAGACCAUAAGCCCUCUCCAAACACUUCAUCUAACAGUAACAACAAUAACAACAUCAAUAAUUCUGGCGAAGGGAAGGUUGUUGCCGAUGAGAGGAAGAAGAAAAGAAUGUUCUCCAACAGAGAAUCUGCUCGCAGGUCCAGGAUGAGGAAGAAGCAGCAGAUAGAAAACCUUCAGUAUCAAGUGGACCAUCUUCAGACCAUGAACCAUCAACUUUCCCAGAAGAUCAUUUACUUGUUGGAAUGUAACCAGCAGAUCCUCCAGCAGAACGGUCAGCUCAAAGAGAAAAUUUCUACACUUCAGAUGGCCCUCUCUGACUUGUUAGUUCCUCUUCCUCGUGAUGAUGAAGCUAAUCACAUCCCCAGUGCCCUCAUUGCAGAGCCUUCUGCCCCACCAGUUGCUAGUUCCGAAGCAUAG